AUGCCCUUGAAUCUGCCUUUUAUUGUUCUCCAGGCUUUGGCCCACAACUUCAUUCAUGUGUCCUCCCGUUUCGGAUUCUUCAUGGACGUGCGCGAAUUCCACGACGCUAUUACUGGUGCACGAAGUGCUUCCUCUCACCUGCUACCACCAGUCAUUCUCCAUGUUCUCUAUCUAUGGGGCAUUCAUCUUCACGUGUCAAGGCACCGUCAAAGUAACGGGGCGUUGGCGGCAUACGAACCAGCGUUACUUUCCCAUGCACUCAGGAGUGUAGCAAACGCUAUGUCAGGCUCUACCUCACAACACAUCGUCGGAGGGACAAGGCCAACACCAGCGCACCCUACAACGAUACUGCAUGCUCUUCAAGCCAUAGUGCUACUAGCCCAUUACUUUAUUCGCAACACGCGUCUCCUUGAAGCACACUACCAGAUAGGCCUUGCUGUCAGCAUAUCUAUUAGCGCAGGUCUACAUCGGGUGAGGGACUCUAACUCGGAUGCAGCCAACGCAUUUUGGGCUGUUGUCCGCCUGAACGCAUUCAGGGCAAGCUUUGAACCGAAGACCACGGAUGUACAAUUUACAGGGACCGGAAGGGUGACGAUCCACACACCGUGGCCUGACUGUCAGGUGGUGAAGAACAUGGAGGAUGAGGACUCCAUCGUGGAUGAGUUUCUCGCCGAUAACUCGGCCAGUCAAGAUCGCGGCACCAGUGCCGCAGCGCUGCUUGCGAAGGCCAGCAUUCUAUUCCAAGUCUCCGCCAAUCGCAGCCUAGAUGCACAAGAGUAUGAAUCUCUUUCGUUCAAAUUAGCCGCUUUUUCCCGGGUUGUAGAGGAAUUUCUACACCCUUUCUCGCCAUCAGAGCAGCCCAAUCAAGUAUUCGUUGCGCAUAUGCUCGUACAAGGGGCAUCGAUCCAGUUAUCUCGACAACACGAUCACAAAGGAAUUAGACCAUCCGACGAUGCUCGGCGAGCUGCCGAGUCAAUUACCCAACGACUUUCAUCCACCGACUUGAGUCAAUUCGGCGAACCGGACUUUAUCCUUACUUGUGUUUGGGUAUCCGCAUGUUUUGUCUUUGUCGACGACGUUCGAUAUAGCAAAGCUCGGGGCAUGACAUACGAGACUUCGGCUAUGUCCCUCAAGACACUGAUUCGAACUAUGGACCACUUCGCAACAUCAUCUGGCUUCAUGCGUGCCCAAUGUGCAGAAAUUUGUACCAUCAUCUCGGAAAUGGGACUUGAUGCGUACUGGCUGGACUCUUGUUCAAACGCUCGGAAAUAA